AGUCCUACUAGAGCGCAAUCAUGUCUAUUAUGUCCUAUAACGGAGGGACCGUCAUGGCCAUCAAGGGAAAGAACUGUGUGGCCAUCGCCGGGGACAGGCAUUUCGGGAUCCAGGCCCAGAUGGUGACCACAGACUUCCAGAAGAUCUUUCCCAUGGGUAACAGGCUGUACAUAGGCUUGGCCGGGCUGGCCACCGUCGUCCAGACAGUGGCCCAGCACCUCAAGUUCCGGUUGAACCUGUAUGAGCUGAAGGAAGGUCGGCAGUUCAAGCCCUACACCCUCAUGAGCAUGGUGGCCAACCUCUUGUAUGAGAAUCGGUUUAGUCCCUACUACACAGAGCCUGUCAUUGUCGGGUUGGACCCGAAGACCUUUAAGCCCUUCAUUUGCUCUCUAGACCUCAUUGGCUGCCCCACGGUAACUGACGACUUUGUAGUCAGUGGUACCUGCUCCGAACAAAUGUAUGGGAUGUGCGAGUCUCUCUGGGAGCCCAACAUGGAUCCAGAACACCUGUUUGAGACCAUUUCCCAAGCCUAAACGCUGUGGACCGGGAUGCCGUCUCCGGCAUGGGCGUCAUUGUCCACAUCAUUGAAAAGGACAAGAUCACCACCAGGACACUGAAGGCCCGGAUAGACUAACUCU